AGAACUCGCCUCCCCGCUCUGCGCUAGUGACUGCUUGUGACCUCAUGCCGGUGUGACGGGGUCCCUCAGGGCCAUACUCGGCUUAAAAGGCACUUUGAUCUUCCCGAGGGGGUGGGAGGGUGAGGGGACGGAGAGCGGGUGUCUCCCUUUUGCACUCAUGGUUACAGUCCUCCCUGAGAGUCACAGCACCAGUUGGUCCAGACAUCCUGUCGCUGUGCGUGCGUCAUCAAACAGUGACGGGGAAGAGAAGGCGGGCAGAGACCCGCGAAGGAAGUGACGUAAGAAACGAGAGCCACGGGGAACGCGAGCGCGGAGCUCGCGGAGGCCAUGGCUCCUCUGCGCCUCCUUUUGGUUGGGGAGGGGAAUUUCUCCUUCGCCGCCGCUCUGAGCGAGACUCUGGAUCCAGGCACCUGUCUCACCGCCACCUGCCUCCGGCGCCCGGCCGACUUGGCCCGGGAUCCGGUAACCCGGGAGAACCUGCAGCGCCUGCGCGAGCGAGGUGCCGAGGUCCGUUUCGGUGUGGACUGCACCCAGCUGGCAAAUGCCUUCGAACUGCACGACAGGACUUUUGAUCGCAUUUAUUUCAACUUUCCGCACUGUGGACGCAAAGCUGGAGUAGCUAGGAACAGAGAACUGCUUGCCAAGUUUUUCCAGAGCUGUGCAGAUGUUCUUGCAAAGGAAGGAGAAGUUCAUGUGGCAUUGUGUAGAGGACAAGGUGGUACUCCUGCUGAUAAACCCCAAAGAGAAUGGCACAACAGUUGGCAAGUGGUUGCCAUGGCAGCUCUGGGGGGGCUCAUUUUAAGUGAUGUGCAUCUCUUCUGCUGUGAGGCUGUGCCUGGGUACAAAUGCACUGGGUAUAGGAGUCAAGAUAAGUCCUUUCAUGUGGAAGGUGCUUUGAACCAUAUCUUCACCCAGAGCUUACCCCUUGAAGGUUCUCAACCUAGAAUCUUCAGGAUCAAAUUGGGUGACAAGUGGUUUUCCUUUCCAGAACCAGAAGCACUUGUAGGGAAGUUGAACAGAGGUUUCUUGGAAGCACCUUCAUGUCAUCCUGUCAAAACCAUAAAUGAGAAACUCAUUGCUGAAUUGAGCAAAGCUUUCCCUCUAAAAAUGCUGAAAUAUUCUUCCCCUUUGCUGCCACAGGAAGGCACCAGUGUUCUGCCUUUCUGGAACUGUGACAUUCUAUCGUCUGCCUUUUGGAUUAGUCUCCGUGAAGAUAACUCGAAUUCUGAAUCCUUGACUGGUGGAACAAAACAAGAUAUGGAGAGCUUUCUAGUGUCAUUUUCAGAGCUUAGCCUUCCCAAACGUCCUGGAAAAGAUGAUAAGGAAGAAGCUCAUGAAGGAAUCUGUGGCCGGACCAAGGUCUACCUUAGACCUUCCCUCCUAGUUCAUGUUCAGGCUAUCAUCCAGGCACCAGACUUCCUCUCAGAUUCUCUGCACAUCCUUAGUGGACCUGUCUUUCAAAAGUGCCACAUUUUGCCUUUUACAAUGCCAGCAUUUCAUGAAACUUUAUUUAUCCUUGGAUUUAAUCAAAAUUUGAAGGAUAACUGUCUUCAGUCACUGUUGGAUCAUAUGAAGGGCAUUCUAGAUAGCCUUCUGACCCAAACAUUGCCGGAGGGCUCUAAGCUGAGCAGACCAGUGGAAUUUGUUCUUCAGCCAAAUGGAAAAGAUUAUAUGAUUCGUGUGAAGGCUCAUAAUUUUGGCUCACAUUGUGCCAAGGAUUUAAUUAUUGGAUCUGUCACCACAUUUGGCAUAAAUAUUAUACAUAAAGAUCAAUGUUUUGUGUUUGUGUCUAUGAACUUGGACUUAUUAGCCAUGCUUAUCUGGGAUAUCUCUGACUGGAGAAUGUUAUGGACCUUUGAUAACCGUUUCCUGAAAAAUUUUGUCCCUGGGAAAAUAGAACUGUUUAAAAGUUAUUCUCUGUAUCCUCCAUGCUAUGUGCAUGAUAUUAGUUUUUGGUUAGAUGAGAAGAAAGGAUUUGAUGAACUUGAGUUUCAUACUGUGGCCCGAGCAAUAUCCCAGGACACUGUUAUAUCCAUACAAUUUCUUAGUCGUUUUCAGCAUCCAAAGACUGAACAGGUCAGUCUCUGCUAUAGAUUGACCUACCAGGCCUGUGACAAGGCCCUCACCCAGCAGCAGGUAGCAUCAAUGCAGUCCCAGUUUAGGAAGGAGAUUCAACAACGACUACAUGUUACACCUCGGUAGCUUAGUACAUUCUUUUCUACAGUGUGAUCCUUCAUUGAUGUGGGUGUGGAUGAAAUUGACCAACUUGCAACCAGUAGUUCUUUGGGGACUGUGUUGUUUUGGGAAAUCUUUUACUUUGUGACCAGAGCCAGUAUUGGUUGACCUAAAGACACCUUGAUUAUGUCAUAAACUUUUAGAAUAUAGUGAUUAGUGAUGUUUGGAGUUGUGCAGUAUUUUGGUUCUGAGUAAUGACUAAGACAGUAAAUAAAACAGCAGCCUAUACUUUAAAUGCUCUGUUGCUGAAGAGGUGACAGAACUUA